AGUGCAGUGACCCAUAGGCGGACCCGCCCUCCCUCCAACAGAACAUAGAAACGCCCAUGAAAAGAUGGCGGGCUGUCGAGUGGCGAGCCGGAUCCCUCGAUUCUUUCAUCCCAACUUUUCCACCGCUUUUCCAACAACAGCAGCAAAACACAAGAUACCUCAGGGCUGCCAUGUGUGGAUGUGUGCCAGGCUAGCUUUUAGUACAUCAGCUGUGAACUAUAGUGAAGUAACAGUUGAGUACAGAAGCGGGCUGCCCAGUGUGACAGUCCCACUGCCAUCGAAGAAUGACAGGUGUAGGUUCACGCUCAAACCCAUCAGUAACACAGUAGGGGACUUCCUGAGGUACCUGAAGGAUGAGGAUGGAGGCAUUGAGAGGACUGCCGUAUACACAACUGAUGAUGUGAAGAUUGCACAAUCAACCACCAUCGACCAGUUGGUGCAGAAUGACUUCAAACUUCUUAUCAACGACACCACGUACACUGUCCAGGCACCGGAGCAAGGGAGGUUACUGUCCAUGUCUGAGGACGUGACGACCAUGGACGACAUCAAGGCCAUGAUCUCCCAGCUGCACACCUCCCUGAACAUCGAGCAGUUCCAGCUGCAGAGGGAGCAGGACAUCCUGAAGAAGAUGGAGGAUCUGCAGGUGGAGAUAGAGCCCCUGGAGAAGGUUAGAAAGGAGCUUGCCACGCGUGCGGAGAAACGCACCACCUUCAUAGUGUACUCCGGGCUCGCGUACAUGGCCUUGCAAUUCGGCCUGUUCGCUCGCCUGACUUGGUGGGAAUACUCGUGGGAUAUCAUGGAACCUGUGACGUAUUUUACUGGAUAUGCGAUGUCGAUGGCUGCAUACGCUUACUUCAUUGUCACAAGACAGGAGUAUGUGUACCAGGAUGCUGCAGACCGUCAGUACCUGCUGGGCUUCCACAAGAAGGCCAAGAAGGUCAAGUUCGAUGUGCAGAAGUACAACUUCUUGAAGAGCCAGAUCUACCAGUGCGAGGUGGACCUGAAGAGACUUAGGGACCCCCUGCAGCUUCACCUGCCCAUGAAAGACGCAGAAGACAUCGCUAGGCAGGACUAAUGAACAAUGAGGAGAUUAGUGUAGAUUUUACAAUUAAAAUGUGCACAAAGUCUGUUGAUGAUCACAUACAUGGUUGGCUAUAGCAUCAAGCAUGGCUGUUAGUUCGGUCCACUGUAGCCUCUACUUUGCACUGCUUUCAUUUCAGUCAUCACAGAUAUGCAAAUGAGUCCCUAAUUUGCCUAUUUGUGAUGGCUUGCUGCUGCCCAUUUUGUUUUACAUGCAAACGUUGAGUUGUUAACUUCUAUUGCUAACAGAUGACAUGAAUACAGAUAAAGGUUAGCAUUAGUUGUUGUUGACGACUGAUGCACUCUCUGUAAAUGUGCUAUGCAACUAAACUUGCAGGAACAGUGGUUGCGACUCAAGCAGUGGUGCUGAGAAGUUUCUACCAGUUCCUCCAGUAGUAAGAGUGGCUGCGGUUAAGUGAUAGGGCUAUAUAGUCCACUUAAUGACCCAGACCUCAGCCACAUUCACAUGUACACACCAUGUGAUACUGUCUUUUCCAUAACUUUAGUAUCUGUAUGGUACAGAGAUGACCCUACAUGUAGGUGCCAGUGUAACCUGUCCUUAAAAGUUUAUACAUAAAAGCUCCUUGAUUAAACCUGUUUAUGGGCUGUUAGGCCACAGCUGUUUCACUACAAGUCCAGUUUGAAUGUGUCAGCCUGAAUUUGACAAAUAUGUAGAGCUCUAUCUCCAACUCUUGAAGGUCUCAAGAGUGUCCUUACUCAAAUCAAUUUCUCGCUUUUCAUUUAUUUGCAUCCCUGCAGGAAUUAAUUAACCAUCCACCACUUUGUUCUGAAAUGUACCUGAUAUAUCCUGUACAUAGUUGAGGCAACAGACUGACCUGGCACACCAUGUGGAAAUGUUCAUCAUACUGGUCUUGCUCCAUACUAAAAUUUACACACGAAGUCAACCAUUCCAUUAAUGGUGUACAGUAUGUCUUUUUAGACAUAGCAGGAUUUUUUGUUUGUUUGAUUCUGCAGCUGCAUUUUAAUCAGGAUGUUUAUUGUACAAGUAGGUUUGUGUACCGUGGCUGCUUGUGGGAUAGUUACAAUUUUUUGCAACAACGCACAAACAGAAACCAGGGAAAGGUAUCCAAAGCCAACUUCUUGGUUGUACAAGUCAUGUCAGUUAUGUCUGUGGGUAGACUGAAAGGACUUUCCUGCCGCCAAGUACAUUUGUAGUACUAGAAAAGAUCCCCUUUGUCAGAUUUACCAUAGCUCAUCAUGCCUGUAGUAAUAUUCAAGAGUCAGACUUCUAGAUAGACAUUUGUUAUUUUGUGCUUAAGUGACAAACCAGUGUGGAAAUUUCCAAACUUGACUGAAAGUGUACAAAGAAAUGCAUUUAAAAGUCUGUAGAUUGAAGAUCAUCAUCAAUAAUGAGACAUAUAGAUGAAGGUCAGGUUUCUCAUGGUCUGUUCUAUCUGAGGAAGCCAUGGGAAGCAAAUCAAAGUCUGGACUGGAGCUGAACGUCUAUAGAUGUGCUGAAAUGUCAUUAGAUUUUGCUCUGUGGGAAGCUGUAAGGAAAAAGAUGGUCAAAGGAAGAUGAUGUUUGGCUCACCAGGUUAUUUGCUUGGUGAAUGCAUGUCAGAAAGAUUAUUUGCACAGAAGAAGGUUGUAGAAGAAGUUUCAAGAAAAUUGUGAUGAUGAAUCCUUUGAGUUGUAGAAUGCAUUUAACACCUUCAUCUCCAUAGCCAUUUUCUGAAGGAAAAAGAGCUGUUGUCCGUAAUUUUGUCUCCAAGAAGAAUUCACAGGCUUAUUUCUGUGUUGACAGACUUCAUAGCUUGCUUGUCUCUAAUGCUGUUUGUCAGGCAUUAGGUAUGUGUGGUGAGAGGAUAUGUACAAGUAGGAAAGAUUAUGUUUAGACAACAGGCAUUAUUUUGUCUUUUUUCAUAAGCGGCAAUUUUAGCCAAGCUUUAACAACUUGAAGUGUUCGUUUGGUUCAUGGUUGAAGUCAAGUCUUGAAAGGAUGACAUUGUCUAUUGUUAAAUGAUGACACGUACCAAGUUGCCCAGCAUUGACUUCACUGUGCCUCAGUGGGAUACAUGUCAAUGUGUUCUAGGGGGAGACAGAAGUUAUUGUUUGUGUGUCUCAUAAAUAUGUAUAAAAUGGUGUUUCUAGCCACUCAAGUCCCUAGGUUAGGAACUGUGGUACUGAUUCAAGAUGCAGAAUUUAUCCCAGACAAUUUCAACCUCCUUGAAUGUUGUAAAACCUGAUGUAUAUCAUGAUUUAAACAGCACCCUGUAGACAUGACUAUUUAAUCAUUACUUAUGUAAGAAGGUAAUGGCUUGCUAUUUGCAUUUACUGUAUACAUGGUUCUUGAUUUGAUAAAGCAAGGAUAAAGGUAAUUCAAUUUUACCAAUUUAGCAAUCACUAUUCAACCCCUGAAAAUUUCAUCAUUGCCAUUAUUUGAUUUUAUCUGUCGUCAGCUAGAACCUUAUUCCAACCAUUGCAAUGAAAUGCUGUGACCUAGUCCCUGUCCCCAAAACUGCUAAAAUUACUGACUGCGAUAUUAAGUGGAUUCCCAGUAUAUCCUAGGGAAACAAUGAAGUUGCUUGUAUCCAGAGUUUACAUACUGUGUAUCAGUUUGUGUGUUUUGUUGUUACCUGUAGUUUUUCUUUAUGGUUGAUUACAGCUGUAAGCAGGAUUGUUAUGUUUGUUGCGCUAGGAUUGUAGGUGGAAAUUAUGGAAGAUAUCUAAUACAAGGUGAGGAAUAUUAAUGAGGUAUAGGUCUCAAUGCAAUGUGAUGAAGACAAUCAGUGGUACACUGUGAUAAAACGUACUCAACUACCCCAGAAUGAGUUUUGUUCUUCUGCAGCGACGUUUUGUAUGUCAAAUACUGUCAAUUGCUGCAAGCUUGUAGACAUGUUUGUCAAAUUGACUCAAGCAAGGCUUUAGCUUAAGUGUUGUUAGAAUUGGGCCCCCUUUAUUUGCUGUAUUUGUGGAAGUGUGAACUGAUUUGGAAUGGUGUGGGCCAUCAAAUGUAUAAAACAUCACAUUGAAGCCAAAUAUGGAACAUGUACUUGACAAGUGUAUUUGUAAGAUUGGGAAAACUAUAGAAUGAAUAAACAUCAACACCAUUUACUUUGUCUCAAGCUAUUUACAGAAUUGGAUAUCAUACAAAGUGACUUUUUUGUCAGAGUGACAAAGUCCUGGUGGAUGAAAUAUUGAGCGUUGAUAUGAGCAAUAAGGGAUAGUCACCAAAUUCAUUGUCAUUUUCAAAGGAAGAUGCUUUUGUGUUACCUGUAGAAUGAUGUAAGAUUGAUCAAAUAAUCAGCUACAUUUGAGCAACAAAAGCGUCUUCGUUUGGAGAUGACUUGUGACUUUGCGAGACCCUCCCUAUGGAUAGAAUUGUACAUGCACAUUAGCUGCUGCACUUUGUUUACAUCUUCAUGUGAGGAAACUUUGGGCCACACCAAUUUAAUUUCUUGGUUCACGGAUUCGCUCGCUCCUAUUUUUUGGAAAAAAAAAUAAAAAUAAAAAUUACCACUUAGCAAAUUUUCACCAUUAAUGAAACCAGUCACCAACUUUCUGGUGUAGCAAAUUAGUCUUUAUAUUACAAGAUCCUUAAAGUUUGGGAACAGGUGCUGUUACUGUACAAUAAUAGUGUUUUUGUACUUUUUUCAAGCUGAAAACUUUUUUUCUUUAUAUUUUGGAUUAGCCGUUACCUUUACCCCAAGCAUUUUACAAUUUUUAUUUUUGUUUCGCCCUCUCGCUCCAUAUUUUUUAGGAAAAAAUCCGUGAACCAAGAAAUUAGAUUGGUGUGGCCUUGUGCUAUAGCUGUCUAACCAUCUCUUGCUGUAUCUUUCAUGUUGGUUUCUUUACUGUGUUUGUGCAAUGCUUAAAAAACAGACUUUUCUGCCAAGGAUCUCUAUCCAUGCUGCCUGCUACCCACGAUAUUGCUUCAUUCUAUGCAAAGAACUAUAAGGGUCCUGUGUAGAAGGUUUUAUAAUGUUGUGGACAUGAAGUUUGUAAAAUAUGCUGAAGACAUUGUGGUUUCCUAGGUGGCAGAAAUACACAGGCAAUGGAGUUUUGGGAGUCGCCCUCAAGGUAUGCUUCACAAAAAAUAAUUCAAAGUAAUGGAUCCCAAUUUGUAUCCAUCAUAGAAAAUCACUAUUGUCUCCCUCCUAAGGGUAGGUAUAUGCACCAAAAUUGUAUGAAAGGAGGCUCAAGGAGAGGUUGUUAGAUGCCAUUGUUGAUAGUUAAGAUAUUAAGCUUAAAAGAGAGGUGCAAGAUGUUUUAGACGACCUCCAACUGAUGCUAAUAUAUGGCGUUUCAGAAGUAAAUAUGGGGUAAAGCAUUGCGCAAGGUUUUUCAUCACCAAGAACCAUUUGCUUGCGUAGAUGUAUGUUGGAAGCAAAUGGUGCUAGACUCGAUGGAAAUCUUGGCUGCACACAAAUGGGGACUAUUUUUACACCUAUCUCGCUACCAGUACACAACAACUGAGGCCAAAUGAUGCAGUCGGAGAGGAAAUCGUCAAUGUACUUAAUGCUGUAACUUGCUGCGAAUGCACCGCAUUAAAGAAAGCUGCACAGCAUUUUUAGGCACGUCUGUGUCUUACGUCAACUGCACCUUUUGAGAACUACUAAUUGAAAGAAAAUUUUACAUUCUCUAACAGGAAAAACUUGGAAUUUAAGAUGAAGUAUAUAUAUAAUGGCAUGUUUUGGUAGAUUAGAGAGAAUGCGAUACUAUACUAACUAUAGAGGUAGGUCAGAAACGGGAGAGAAACUUUCACUGCUGAUGUUCAGAGCAUUAUAGCAUGGGAAAUUUUAUACUGUUUGUAAAUAUGGGGAAAUUGCUGGGUACGUUGCUACAAUGAGAAAACUUGCAGAUGUAUUUCUACUGCAAAAAGAGGUUAGCCCUGUACUGUCUGGAGGCAAGCUGGUGCUGAUGCUCCCAGAACUGUUAUAACCAGACCUUAGAUUGUACCAAGUCUGUAUUGCCAAGAUUUCUAACUUAGGUAAGAGUUUGAUAAGAUCAUGGACUGUUUCUGUGUAACUUCUCACUUGGUUUGUUUCAUCGUUUGCUGUUGAAAGUGAAGUCUUACUUUCUCUUUAACUGUUGUGAUUUAGUGGUAACAUUAACAUUGUAUAUAUAUAUAUAUACAUGAUGGUUUGAUUAAUGUUGAUGGUGUCAGAUCUUAAGUGUGUAUUUUCUGUAGUAAAACAGUUUAGUUUAAUCUGUGGUAAUGGGUUUGUAUUGCACUUUUUCUUACCCAAUAUGAAUUUGCUGUCUUUGUUCCACAACAUUGUUACUGUUACUUGUUACAACAUUUCCACUCAUGACUCAUGGACAUACUUGAUGAACAUGUAUAUGUGGCAUUUGUAGAACACGCUGUUGCCUGAUGUAUGGUGUUCAGAAUGCACAUUUUCGUGUGGGGGAUUGUUCAGGGCUCUACAUGGAGGUUACCAGUGCAUCUGGCAGACUCUCAAUGUCAAUACUGUACCAGGGCAAAUAAGUGUAGAGGGACUUUCACAUCUUUCACAUCUUGAUGUCUAUGCUGUGUCUCUCAUGCGGCACCCUCCAAUGUAACCCUUAACUUUGUAUCCAGAUAUGUUUUAGGCAUUGUGAAUACCUCCCUGAACAGUCCCUCAGAAAUACAUGUAGCUCUGACGAGAGCUUAGCGGCCAGGUAAAAGUUGAAGGCAAAUAAAUAAGAGAUGGAAGUUUGUACUGAGACAAAGAAAGGUAUUGCUGGUUUAGGUUGUUGGUGUGCCUUUGCUGAAAGCUAGGCACUUCUAUGGCCAUGCCUAACUGCUGCAGGUCGUAUGUUGUGUAGGGCUAGGCAAGGGGUAACAUAUAAUCUCCAAGCAGAUAUUCGGAUGAAAGGUUGUACCACUUUCAGCCUACCAAACUUUUCCUUUUUGUAUGCAUGAUUGUGAUAGGUGCGAGAAAGAAAAGUUCGUUAGGAAGAAAAUUUGAUGAUCUUUCAUUGGUACGUCUGCUUGGAGAUUAUGCGAUGUUGGUGACCCUGAUUGUACUGAUGUUUUCUGUACAAAGUUUGAGUGUACAUCACAAUCUGUUACAUUGGUAUGAUUAACAGAAUGACUACAAAAACAGAUGAAUUAGCUGAGAAGUGUUGGCACAGUCUGUUACUUAAAUGUAUGUUUAAACUGGCCACAUGGUAAGAUAUACCGGUACUUUUACAUGAUGUUUCAAAUAAAGUUUUGGUUGUGUUGGUAGUGUUA